AUGCACAAGCUUUCUGUUAUCGUCAUUGCGACAGUGUUGCGCUGUUUGACGGCCAUAGGAUCACCGUCAAACUUCUCUAACACCACCGUGACGACAAAGGCCAGUACCUGGGACGAGAUCGUCAAACAGGGUAUCCAGCAUAUGCAAAGUCAGGCCCCACAUGAGGAUCCAGAGCUGAUUCAGGUUUUCUCUGGAUAUGUUCAGCCACAGAAUGCUGAGGGAGAAGUCGUCCGUCCCACGAUCGCGAAUCUGUAUUUCGACGUCAUCUCUGCUCAUGGGAGCAUCGCCCUUUCCAAAUUUAGAACAGGAUGGUGGGAGCCCACGGAGUACUACACGAGACAGAAGACGAACCUCCAAGCUGUCCAGCCAAUCGAGUGGCCGCCUGCCUUGACGGUCGAGGAUGCGCACGAGGUUCUUAUCGGGUCUGGAUUUAAAACGACCUUUAAUCGCUUUCAUCUGGAUUGGCGGACGAAGGCGUUUGGGGCUUUAAGCAGAGUCGAUCAACCGUAUUGGACUUUUGAGUGGAUGGAGAAGCCGUAUCAAGUUGUUCAAAUUGGGAUGGAUCGAAAGGUGUGGAAGCACUUUGCCAACAGUCUUGAGGAUUUUGAUGAUAUCGACAACGCAGCGGCGCAGGGGGUAGUGGUGAUGUUUCAGAAGUAG